AUGAUGAAGUUUGUAGCUUACUUCACACUCCUCACCUCCACAGUUCAUGCAGGUCUGCUGAGAAAAAGACAAACUUGUCCGCAGGUUUGUGAUGCUUCUCAGUGCCCUGCACCGCCGCAGGCCUGUUACUACGGACAGGUGAAGGACGGAUGCAGCUACUGCGUGGUGUGCGCGGGCGGUGAGGGGGAAGUCUGCGGGGAGUGGAGUGGCGGCGGCGGCAGCCCCUCCUGCGGUCACUGGCUGCGGUGCGACCCUGUCCCGGGAAUGGACGGAGGGCUCCACAGCACUUGCGUGUGCGUCUCUUCUGGCCCGGUUUGCGGCACUGACGGCAGGACUUACCCCAGCAUCUGCCGCCUGAGAGCUGAGAACAUGAGAGCCAAGGUCGAUGGGACCCCCCCAGUCAUUUUGAUCAAGAGGGGUCGGUGUGAUUCAGGAAUGCAACAUCCAGGAAGUAUGCGCUACAAGUUCAACUUCAUUGCAGAUGUAGUAGAUAAGAUUAUCCCUGCUGUUGUGCAUCUGGAUCUUUUCCAAAGAGUGCCAUUUUCUAGCAAGGAAGUCUCUGUGUCCAGUGCCUCCGGGUUUGUAGUGUCAGGCGAUGGCUGGAUCGUCACCAAUGCACACGUACUCACCAACAAGCAGAGGAUAAAAGUCGGGCUGAAGAGCGGUUCGCAGUACGAUGCUUUAGUCAAGGAAGUCUAGCACAGGAUGGAUAUUGCACUCAUCAAAAUCAAAUCAGAUACUCCCCUGCCUGUGCUGCAUCUCGGUCAGUCCUCAGACCUGCGUCCCGGCGAGUUUGUGGUGGCGGUGGGAAGCCCUUUCUCCCUGCAGAGCACCGUCACCACCGGCAUAAUCAGCACUGCCCAGCGCAGCGGCCUGGAGCUGGGCUUCAAGGACGCUGACAUGGACUACAUCCAAACAGAUGCCACGAUUAAGUAUGGCAACUCUGGUGGACCACUUGUCAACUUUGAUGGAGAUUUAAUAGGCAUAAAUACUCUGAAAGUGGCACUAGGAAUCUCUUUUGCCAUUCCUGUAGACAAGAUAUGCCAGUUCCUUGCUGAAUCCUACAACAGACAAGUCAACGGAAAUACGGGGCAAAAAAAGAAAUACAUAGGCGUCCGGAUGCUGCAGCUCUCACCAUCUUUGAUCCAAGAUCUCAAGGAGCACGAGGAUGAAUUUCCAGAUGUGAGCUCAGGGGUUUACGUUUAUGAUGUUAUAUUUGGAGCACCUGCAUCCAGCGCCGGCAUGAUCAAUCACAACGUCAUCAUUGGCAUCAAUGGGCGGCCCAUUCGCACCACACAAGAAGUGAGCAAAGCCAUCCGGGACAGUGCUUUCAGCGGUGGUGAGACAAAAGGGCAGGGAUGUUAUACUAUCAUUCCUGAAGAGACGGACUGAAAUCGAUGGCUGUAAAUGUCAAAAACAAAGAAUAAAUGUACUUUGAUGAACAGCUGUUGGUGACGUGCCCUGCUAUACUUGGAGCAACAUGAUACGUCAUGUUCCGACUGACAAAGGCAACCACCCCAGUGAUAACAAACUAUUGUACAUGACUGUCUAGCUACAUUUAAAUGCCCAUACUUUCUAUUUUUAAAGAAAGUAGUAAGGUGGAAAUGAAGAAAAUUAAACAAAAUAACUCCAGGAAUGUAUUGUACAUCACACACUGGUGGUUAAUGUUUUUGUUCACCCAAAUUGACGCAAAUAGUUAUGGUUUUAUUUUCCCAGGCUUUAAGAUAUCCAUCUCUCCCUCAAUACAAUAACGGUGAAUGGGAUUCCAUCUGUGGUGCUCACGACAGUGAAAAAUUACAUUUCUGCACCAACUUGUAUGUUCAGAGUCAAUGUACUGAUUACUCUGGCUAAUCCACAGGCUAUGAGGUAUUAUAAAAGCUGUUCAGAGCUUGUUCUGUGGAUUAUCCAGAAUAACAGGUUCACUGGGCCUCAUGCCAGAGCAUUUUCAUAUGCUUAUCCUGAACCUCUUUCACUUUUUUCCUUGUGUUUCAAGUCAGUCACCAAAUUCUCUUAACUGGAAAUGUUGUAAAUCAGUGGUUUCAGCCUGAUGAA